AUGAACUUCCUCGCCACCGUCGCUCUCCUAGCCACCGCGGCUGCCGCCGCCCCCGCCGAGAAGCUCUUCAACCUCAAGACCUCCGGCGCCUCUAACAGCACCCACAACGACCUCUACCUCUCCGUCGGCCGUGGUGUCGUCCCCGACCCCCUCAACAGCGAAGCCGUCUUUGCCGGUGCCGCCGCCAACCGCGCCGCUACCUUCUACUUCGCCAACAGCACUAUCUUCUGGAGCGGCUCCACCUCCGCUCCCUACGCCCUGGACCUGAUUAACGUCGAGGGUGUUCGCAAAGAGCGCGCCCAGAUCAGCGUCGACCCCACUCACGGCUCUAAGGGCUUCUCUAUCACCCCCGAGGGUGUGAAGGGACCCAGCGAGACCUGGGAGGGAUGGUUGUGGUGCCCCGUUGACGCCGAGGCUGGUCAAUUCUUCCCCAACCUGCACUUCCUCAGCCCGAGCGUGCAAGAGCCCGCUGUCCCCGCUGGUUGUGAUAAGAUCAACCUGCAGGCUGUGCCUAAGACCUCUGCUUAA